AUGGUGCUUAAGAAAAGCAGCAGCAAGAAGGUUUCAAGCAAGUACCCGAAGCAUGGAUUUGUGCGUGCUAGUAGCUCUAAGGGAAGCAACCCGUUUGACGUACGUGGAAAUGCUACAAAACAAAAGCACGAAGUUAUUGGACGGCGCGUUAAAGGCGCCGGUCGUAACGUGGCUGCCGCACGUGCCGAAGCCGAGCGCAAGCGCCGCAAGACUCUGGGCACCGAAUUUAACGCGCGCAAUCGUAGCAACGUAUUCAAGGACAAGCGAUUAGGUGAGCAAGAUUCGACAUUGUCGAUAGAGGACAAAAUGAUGGCGCGGUUCCAAACGGAACGCAAGCGCAAGCUACGCAAUGCAUCAGCCUUUGCACUGCACGAUUCAGACUCGGAAGACGAAGAAGAUGCCUUUUUUUUAACGCAUAAAGGUGCAAAAAUUACCGAUGACGAUUAUGAUGAGCUUAAUCGUGAUGGUACAUUGGAUGACGACGAGUCGGAGGAAAGUUGGAAGAUGGAUAGGGAAAUUGUGGACAAAUUGCACUUUGGUGGUGGGCAAAUGAAUGCUGAUGAGGGAGCUGGGCGGCGUAAGACGCAUAAGGAAGUGAUGCACGAAGUCAUGAUGAAAGCAAAGCUUUUCAAGGCGGAACGGCAGAAAAACAAGAGCUCGCAAGAAGAUGCGACAUCCAAAUUAGAUGAUGGAUUUAAUGACGUACGAAACCUGCUGGAGUUCCGUCCUACACGUGCAAACGGCAAGGAAUUAUUGUCAAGUGAGCCAAUGGACGAUUUUGACAAGUUAACACGAGAGUUUGCGUUUGAAGCAAGGGCCAAAGCGUCAGAGCGUCGAAUCUCACCAGAAGAGGCUGCGGCAAAGGAACGUGAUCGACUGGCUGAGUUGGAAAAGAAGCGAGUGGGUCGUAUGAAUGGUGUAGAUGAUACUAGCCAUGAUAAAAAACGCACAAAAGGAAAGCAAAAGAAAAUGAAUGAGAAAUUGCCGCAAGUAAUUGUCAUGCCACCUACUGAUGAUGAUUUGACGGACGGCUAUGCAAUUGACGCUUUUGCUAUUAAUGAAGAGGAUAAAGAGAAGGCUGAAAAUAGCAGUGAGAUAGAUUCAGAGGAUGAGUCCGAGGAUGAGUCGGAGAAUGAGGAAGAACUGACAAAGGAAGAAGACCAAAAUGAACAGGAUGAGAUGAACGAGCGCGAAGAACGAGACGUCGAGAGUGACUUGAAUAUAGAUAAACAAAAGAAGCAACAGGACGCUAAAGAAGCUGCUGCUGAACUCCCAUUCGUAUUUGAGUGUCCUGAGUCUAUUGAAGACUUGGUAGCACUGUUUGAACAGCAUGCACAAAACUCGCCUGAGAAACGAGAUCAAAUUGUCGUACGUAUCUUGACAUUUUACAAUUCACGAUUAAGUGUCGAGAACAAGAACAAGAUGAAGCGCUUUUUUGCAAUAUUAGUGCGUCAGUUUCUCAUCUAUGCGUCGCGGUAUGCGGAUCACAAGCAAGACUUAGACUCAAUGGCGAGGAAUAUGUACACACUGGCUCAGGAAAUGGGAGAUACAGCAGCUGUGGUCAUACGCGAACUACUUGCGCAACUAUUCAAGCGGUUGCAUAAACGAACUGCAACUUCUGAUUGGCCCACACUUCCCGAGUUGUUGCUGUUUAGAGCCUUGACUUUGAUUUUCCCGACAUCGGACUUUCGACACAAUGUUGUAUCUCCCAUGGAAACUUUGCUAUGUGAAAGCUUGGCACGUGGCACUUUGAGAUCUACUAAGGAGGCUACUCAAGCUCUUUUUGCUGCAUCUCUCUCGCUCGAUAUGACACGGGCAAAAGAACGUUUUAUGCCAGAGAUUGUAACUUUUCUUACUCGAGCUUUUCGAGCCUUUGUGUCGUCAGGAGCCCAAGAUGAAAAGUGUUCGACUUAUUGGCUACGUCGAGAUCUCUUGGAAUGGAUUUCUGCUCACAUUGAAUGUAAAACACCUGCUUUCUUACCCCGCUUGUCACUGGCAAAAAAGUCGUCAUGCAACGGCACCCAUGUGAUGAGCUCACUGCUGGUUCUACUGGAUGCUACAUCGGCUCAAUACGCAUCGUUGCCGUCGUUUGAUGAGUUAUUUUAUCCGCUCUAUCUCUUAUUACAUGCUCUUGUGAAGCAAUUGAAUACUAUAACGCUUGUGGAAUUAAAUGCUGUCAUCUCCAAGCUCCAUGUUCGUCUCGAGUCGUGCUGGGACGCCCGUCGUCCACUUCGAUUGCAAAGUUUUGCCCCAGUGACGUUGCCGACAUUUGCACCAAAUUUUGAUGAGAAUUACUCGGUGCGUAAGGACAAGAUGGCACCGAAAGACGCUGCACAACUAAAGCAAUUAAAGCGGCAGGUGAAACGUGCGCGCAAGGGUGCAGCUCGUGAGCUCCGUCGGGACGCUGAAUUCAUUCACCGCGAGAAACAGAAAGAAGAGGAGACACGUUUGGCAGCUAAGGAGGAAAAGCAAAAGGAAAUUCGUCGCUGGCUUGAGGAACAGAAUGCUACGUUUAAUCAGCAAGUGCGCAAGGGCGGCAACAUGCUCAAAGGCGGAGGAUCCGCUCGUGGACCUGCUCCUCGAGCGCGUAUAUCUAAAAAGUAA